GAGGUGGCGCUGAGGUGAAGGAUGCUGACUGGGAGGCCGGGAGCCAGAAACGCGGUCCCAGGACUGGGCACUGACUCCUCCGACACCUGCGGCAGAGCGCCCCUCAGCCCCCAAGAGAGCGGCGGGCGUCACCGACCUGGCGCUUACCUAGAUAUGAAAAUCCACCUAGAGAAAAAUUUAGAAGAAGAGCGCCAAAUAUUACUACAGCAACAAAAAAUAUGUCGAAAUCGAGCACGUAAAUAUUUUGUGGAGUCAAACCGGAGAAAAAAAGCUUUUGAAGAAAAACGAAAAGAACAAGAAGAAAAAGAAUAUCAAAUCAGAGAAAAAAUACUUCAACAAAGAAAACAGAAAUUUGAAGAAGUUACUGAAAAAUUUCAGCGUGGCCAUAUUCCUCUUUCACAACGGAGAAGAGCAGUUUUUCAAAAACCAGUUCCUCCUUUAGAAGAGGCUCUGAAACAAAUUCAGGAAUCAAACUUAAAAUCAGAACUAAAUCUUCCGUUUUCUCACAGGACAACCAUAAACUGGAAGGCUAUAGAUUCUGCUUUGCCUUCAGCUUUGUCAAAAAAUGAUCACAAGUAUCAGACACAUCUCUUAUCCAAAAAUGAUGACAAUAAAGAAAUGAAGGAAAACAGCAGGACAAACUUAGUUUCUAAGAAAAAUGUAUUCCAGCUUAAACUAGAGGAAACUGAAAAACUCCUAAAAGAUCAGCACUUAAGCAGUUUGCAAAAAUUUUGUGAUGAAGUUAAUCGAAUAACCAACUCUGAAACCCUCUCAAGUAUAGACAGUCUAGAGGUUGGAGAACGUGAAGAUAUAUAUUUAACACUUAAUAAGGAAUCUUCUACAUCAAUCCAGCCAAAUUCUCUUUCCCUUGGAUCUGCAAAUCUACAAUCAGCUAAUCCAAGUUGCUUUGUUGAAGAUAAACUGUCAUUCUCCAAGACUCAACAUAUAAAUAAUUGGCUAACAAAUUUAGAUGCUCCAACUACUCAUGCUGCUGCACCUUUCUCAGAUAUUUUAAGUAAAUCUAAUGUACCUUCCUGGGAACACUUAAUUAGUAAAAAACAAAGCCCAUCUACUUUCAGUACAACCAUGGAAAGAGCCACAAGUACUGCAAAUAAUUCAGUGGCCUUUGUGUAUAGUCCACCUGUAUUUGAAGCGGAUAAAAAAAGAGGAAACUCCUCUGAAACAAGCACUAGGAGCACAACUGACUGCACUUCUGAAGCAUUCAAAAAUGAGAAGCCAUUAGUUACCGAGAGCCCAACAUUUAGAUUCAGUAAAGCCUGGACUGCUCCAGAUUAUGUAGCCCAGGAAGUGGCUACAUUUUCAGACCAACAGAAGCAUUCUGAAGAAACUCAAACAAAUAGAACUACUUCAGUUCCUACUUCAUUUCUAUCAGCUACAACACCUUUAGUUUUGCCAUCUAAUACACAAUCAGCUAGGCCUUUAGCAAAGAGUGGUAUACACGUAAAAGAAAUAAACCCAGUGCAGUGUUCUGAUAAGUUAGAUGAAUUGAAAGAUGUUAAAGAUGAAAAGAUAAAAUAUUUUAACUGUAAUAAGGAAGAGUUGCCUUUAUUUUCUAGUUUAAAAGAUAAAAAACAAAGAGCAUCUGAAACAUUAACAUCAUUGUCUAAUAUAAUUUCUAAUUAUGAUUUAGUUGGCCAACACAAGAAAAUGAAAUAUAACAUUCAUGAGAGAAACGGUGUGAGGUUUCUUAAGAGUAUUUUAAAGAAAGAAUCUAAAUAUGAACAUGAUUAUCUUAAGACAAUUAUUAUAAAUCAGGGCUUUACAUUUGGAAAUCAAAAAGCAUCAGCUAUCAGAGAUAGUAUUGAAUUAACAAAACAAAAAGGGAAAGGUACAGAAAUCCCAAAGACAAUUAAAAAACUGAGGUGGUUUGAUGAAACUAGCAAUAUAGAAAACAAUGCUGAGGAUAGUCAUUCCCUGAAAAACAGAACAGGAAUAACUCAACAGUGGUCUCCAGAAUUCCAUACUGAAAGUGAUGCUGACAGCAACAUAAUUAGUAUUCCUGCUUGUGCUGUAAAUUCAGAUGAUAGAAAGAAGUCCAAGGAUAUUUCCGUCUCUGACAAUGCCACUUCUUUAGGAAGACAUGGAACAGAUCAUGUGCCCUUGAAUUGUUUUCUACCUUCAGGUUAUAAUCUUGCUAAACAAGCCUGGUCAGCCUCAGCUAAAGAAGAAAGUAAUAUCCCUGUACAUAUUAGUGAUUCUAAAACUCAGAAAGAUGAUCCACAAAGAGGUGGAGCAAAAGUAAUCAGAAGAGCAGGAUCUGCCAAAGUCCAACCAGGCUGUAUAUAUACAAACAGAAAAGGCACUGUCAUUCAGCCACCCUCUGCAAGCAAAGCCAAAACAUUUAUACAAACUCAGGGUAAACUAAUGAUACCUCAUCCUCCUCCUAAACCUACUUCAAAUAUCAGAAGUGGUAAAAAUAAACAAAUGUCUCACUGUCAAUCAGUAAUGCCUGAAAAUUCUCAAAACAUUAUUGGAUAUAACUGUUUUAAUUCAACACAUUUGCUUCCAAAAGAACCUAAUUUGAAUCAGUGGAAUCAAAAACGUAGUCCUCUGCUCUCAGAUGCUUGUUCUGACCUAGUCACUGUGAUACCGUCUCUACCAUCUUACUAUUCUUCUGAGUGCCAUACUUUACCAAAAACAAACCAUUCAAAUGGCGCUCAAAUGAUUGCCCAGCAAGAUGGGACAUUAUAUUGCAGUCAAAACAGUCCUGUUUCUGAAGAAAGUUACCAGUCUGUGACUCUAAAAACUAUGGAGGAAGAGUCAGUUCUCUUGUGGAAAAGAGGGAAUAAUACUCUGCAUCAAAAUGAGAGGCCCACUGAUUCUACUGUUACAAGGAGAAAACGAAUUGUUGGAAAUAAGCAGAGAAAUAUUUUUGCACAGAAAAAACAAAACCCUGGAUCUGUAAGACAGAAGUACAGUGAGCAAAUUAAUAAUUUUGGACCAAGUGUCCAGCUAGUUUCAAGUGAGCCAAAACAAACUAUAAGGGGUACAUCUAAUAUUGACGAAGUUUCAGAUAGUACUUCUGAGUUUCUGAUGGCUGAAAACCUGGUGAAUGCAUCAGUACCUGAGGAUGAAAUUUUAGCUUUAAUAAAGAGCAAGCAGAGAGAGAAACCAAGUCUGGCUUUAAAUAAGACUCAGCAAUUCAACAUCUGUGCAUUAUCAGCUGAAGAACAGAAGAUCCUACAAUCUCUUGAUCAUCUUAAUGAAAGAUUACACUAUCUACAAGAAACCAUGGGCAAACAUUCAUCUAUCAAAAAUACUUUUCAAAUAAUACCAUUUCUGAACAGCCAACCAAGAGCCAGUUCAUCUCCUGAUGUUGGAUCCAGAUUACAAAGAAAAUUCUGAUGCAGUAUAAUAGCAAAGUUAGAGAGAGAGAGAGAGAGAAAGAAAGGUCUUCCUUCCAUUGGUUCACCCCCCAAAUGGCCGCUACGGCCGGCGUGCUGUCCCGAUCCGAGGCCAGGAGCCAGGUGCUUCUCCUGGUCUCCCAUGUGGGUGCAGGGCCCAAGGACUUGGGCCAUCCUCCACUGCACUCCCAGGCCACAGCAGAGAGCUGGACUGGAAGAGGAGCAACCAGGACAGAAUCCGGUGCCCCAACCAGGACUAGAAGCCAGGGUACCAGCGCCACAGGCGGAGGAUUAGUCUAGUGAGCCGCGGCACCGGCCUGAGAAGUGAUAUUUGCACAGAGAUCUGAGUGAGGUAAGAGUUAACUUUUGUGGUAGUGGGAGAAUAGCAUUCUACUUAGAGGGAAUAAGUGUGAAGGAUCCAGUACAGCAGCAUACUCAAUUCUUUUAAAAGGGAUACUGUGGUGCCCAAAGAAUGUACCUAACGGGGAGGGAGGAGGUGGCUUGUAUUUAAGGUUGGGAACUCAUUAAAAAGCUUUUGUAAUCAUCUAAGUUAGAAGUCAUUGUUUGAACCAGGUUAAUAAUGGUAGUGGUAAUAAGAAGUGGACAGAUACAGAAUAUGUUUGAAAUCCUUCCUUUUUGAUGGAUAAGAUGUUAAAUAUAUAAAGGAGGAGGAAUCAAGGAUGAUUCCAAAAAGAUUUUCUGGCUUGGGUAAUUGUGUAAAUGAUAAAACCACUUUCUGAGAUGGAAUAUACAAGGAGAGAAGCAAGUGGGUAUUAAAAAUCAAUUCUUGCCAGCGCCACGGCUCACUAAGCUAAUCCUCUGCCUGUAGCGCCAGUACCCCAGCUUCUAGUCCCGGUUGGGGUGCCGGUUCUGUCCUGGUUGCUUCUCUUCCAGUCCAGCUCUCUACUGUGGCCUGGGAGGGCAGUGGAGGGUGGCCCAAGUGCUUGGGCCCUGCAGCCACAUGGGAGACCAGGAGAAGCACCUGGCUUCUGGCCUUGGAUCAGCGCAGCGCGCCGGCUGCAGCGCGCCAGCCGUAGGGGCCAUUUGGGGGUGAACCAAUGGAAAGGAAGACCUUUCUCUCUGUAUCUCUCUCUCUCUCUCACUCUCUAACUCUGCCUGUCAAAAAAAGAAAGAAAGAGAGAAAGAGAGAAAGAAAAGAAAAGAAAAGAAGAAAAGAAAAGAAAAGAAAGAAAAUCAAUUCUUUUGAUUUGUUUUUAGCUAUAUACAUGGUGAUAUUGAAUAGGCAGUUAGAGAAACAAGUCUGGAAUUCAGGGAUGAGGUGGUAGCUAAACAUAUAAUUUGGGGAAUGUUGGUAUAUAGAUGAUAUUUAUAGCCAUGAAAUUGGAUGUGAUGUAGAAUUCUGAAGAGCAAAGCAUGAAAUUGUAACUGAGUCAGUUAGAUGUUGACUGAGAACUUUCUAGUGGAUUUGACUGUAGAAAAAAAGUUUCAGUGAGAUAUUGGGCAAAAAAACCUGUUUGUAAGGGAUUCAAGAGACAACAGAAAAGAGAUUACCAUAGGAAAUUACUGGUAACAUAGUAAUAAGAGUAAAAGUCAGACAAAAUUAAAAUAGAAUAAUGAUCACUCCAAUUGUCCACAUCCUCCUUCCUGAAACUUGUAAAUAUGUUGUCAUACAUAGCAAAAUGAACUUUGCAGAUACAACUAAGUUAAAGAUCUUGAGAUGCAGAUGUUUUCCUGAGUUAUCCAAAUGAGCCCAGUAUAAACAUAAGUGUCCCUAUAGGUGAAAGAAAAAUGCAACAGAGUCAUUUUCAGGGUCAGAGAGUUGGAGAUGCCACACUACUGGCGUUGAAGGUAGAGGAAGGAAACCAAGAAAUAUGUGUGGCCUGUAGAACGAGAAAAGGCAAGGAAACAGAUUGUCCCCUAGAACUUACAGAAGUAAGACAGCUACCAAUACCUUGAUUUUAGCCCAGUGAAACCCAUUUCUGGCUAUCACCUUCAAAACUGUAAGAUAAUAAAUUUGUGUUGUUUUUGCCACCAAAUUUUUGGUAAUUUGUUAUAGCAUCAAUAAGAAGCUAAUACACUGGGCAGGAAUUUGACACAAUGGUUGGAUGCUACAUAUGAUGCCCACACCCCAUGUCAGAGUGCCUGGGUUUGAGUCCCAGCUCUGCUUCCAAUUCCAGCUUCCUGCUGAUGCAUACCCUGGGAGGCAGCAGUGAUGACUCAAGUAUUUCAGUCCCUGCUAUCCACAUGGGAGACCCUAAUUGAGUUCUGGGCUCCUGACUUUAGCCUGGCGUAUUUCUGGCUGUCAUAGACCAGUGGAUGGAAUCAAUCAAUCAAUCUCUCUCUCUCUCUCUCUCUCUCCCUUUCAAAUAAAAUGCAAACAAAAAUUUUCAGAAAAGAAACUGAAACACUAACAACAUAUUUACAUGUUGUGGAGAUUAACACUUGCACAUUUUUGGAGGGCCAUUAUUCUGUCCACAAAAGCCAUAAUUUAUCCUCUUAGUCCCUCAAAUGCACAUCUAUCCCACAUGCAAAAUACACUCACCCUCUUCAAAGGUUCCCAAAGGUCUCGUCCUAUUAGAUCAUCAACCCAAAUUCAAAAAUCUCAUGUAAAUACAAACAGAUCAGAAACUCUAAAUCUAAAUCUAAAUGAGAUAUGGAUGAGCAUUUUACUAUAGGCAGCAAGAAGAAAGCAAGCAGUACCAUUCAACAUCUUGCAUAUCCCAGACUAAAUAUCCAAUUUCAUCAUUUUUUUUCUACUUUCCGUGUAACUACAUAACACAAUUCCACUGUUUUCUGCCACUUUAUAACAAGGAUCCCCUUUAAGUUUCCAUUAACAUGUUCCUCAUUUUCUUCUGAAUACUGGCACUAACUUUAAAAUCCAUAUUUCUACCAACAACCUGUUCCUGAUGACUUAAGCCUUCUCCAAAAUGAUACAUCUUUGCUUUACCAGGCUCUUUACUCCUCUUUAUUCACUGCAGAGUAAUUAACAUUCAUAUUUCUACUAAGUCUGUUCAAUGUAGAUUUUUCUUGGCAAUUCCUCAAUUCUUCCAGCCUUUGCCCACUGCCCAAUGUUAAAGCCACUUGCACAUUCUUAGGUAUGUAUUACAGCAGUACCCCAUUUCCAGUACAAAAUCUGUGUUAGUUUCCUAUUGCUGCUAUAACAAACAACCACAAACUGAAUUGCUUUUAUAAAAAUACACAAAUUUCAUCUUACGGUUCUACAAAUAUGACACUAGCCUUGCUACAAAAAAUCAAAGUAUAAGUGGGGCUAUGCUCUUUUCUGGAAGCUCUAAGAGAGAAUCUGUUUCUUAGCCCUUUUUUUAAGAUUUAUUUAUUUAUUUGAAAGGCAGAGUUACAGAGUCAGAGACAGAGACAGAGAGAGGUCUUCAAUCCACUGGUUCAUUCUCCAAAUGACCACAACAGCUGGAGCUGGGCCUAGCCAAAGCCAGGAGCCUGGAGUUUCUUCCAGGUCUCCCACGUGGGUGCUGGGGCCCAAUGACUUGGACCAUCCUCUACUGCUUUCCCAGGCCAUAGCAGAGAACUGGAUUAGAAGUGGAGCAGCCAGGACUUGAACUGGCACCCAGGGAUGCCCACACUGUAGGCAGCAUCUUUUACCUGCUAAACCACAGUACUGGCUCCUCUUAGCCUUUUCUAAUUUCUAGAGGUCACCUGUGUUCCAUGGCUCAAAUUUCCAUUCCUUGCCUUCCAAGCCAGCAAUAAUAGGUCCAAGUCUUUCACUACAUUUUCUGCCUCUCUUUUCCACUUUUGAGGACCCUUAUGAUUACACUGGGUCUCUCUGGAUACUCCUGUGUAUCUAGCCUAGGGGCAGUUGACUAGCAAACUUAAUCUUAUUGACAAAUUUAAUUCACCUUUGCAUGUAACCUAACCUAGUCACAGGUUCUGGGAUUAGGAAGUGGACACUUGGGGGAAUUGGGGUAGAAUGGGACAGGGGAGGGCCUUAUUUUGUCUACUACAGGUAUAUAGAGUCCAAGGAAGACUUGAGUGACACAGACUACUAGUUGUCCUCUAGUAUUCAGUCUCCCCCUUUUUCCUUAGUAAUAAAAUCUGCUUUAUGGGCACCUAAUCACAAAACAGUGAGGUAUUUUUUUUCACAAGUGAAAACAAUGUUACCCAGUCUUUCUUGCAGCUAAAAAUGGUCAUAUUUAGAACCAUUCCCUUAAGGAAAGGGGGAAAGCUUUCCGUUUCCCCUUCUACUCCUUCCUUCUUCAUUCUUCUAGAAUGUAGACUUAAGGUAUAUCAUGGUGUUACCCAGACAUGUCUCAUAUCCAGGGUUGAUGGGGAAGCAAGCUAGAAGAAAGCCAGGCCCUCGAUGACUUAAAACAGACUCACUCUACCUGCUAAGAACUUUUAUGUAAACAAAAAAUUGACUUUGGUUUAAGCCACUGAUAUUUUUAAUCUCUGUUGAAACAACUGAAUUUGGACCCAAGCUAACACGUUUUUUAAGGUUGGAAAUACUAUAAAGUAUAGUAUAAAGUAUAAAGCUAUACUUACCUUCAGAAGCAGAUGAAUUCCUCACCCAAAAUUUAGUUCAAAUGUAGACUGAUGAUACCACACACUAGACCAAGAGGAUAUGAAGUUUUAUUAUUAUGUAAUUGAGGCCUCCAGGACCACAGAUCAGGCCUCCCUAGAACUUCAGAAAUGGCUUGAAAAAGAAUAAGGAAAGGAGACUGGUUUGGGGUUUUAUUGCAAUUAGAGGGUAGCAUCCAUCUAAGGGUUCCCAUCUACAAACUGAGAAUUGAAUCUACAGGUUUAAAUCUCCAACUAAAACCAUAAGAAAAAGCACAUAAGUUUUUUUUAAAAGAUUUAUUUAUUUAUUUAUUUGAAAGAAUUACACAGAGAGAGAAGGAGAGGGAGAGAGGGAGAGAUCUUCCAUUCUGCUGGUUCACUCCCCAAUUGGCCGCAAUGGCUGGAGCUGCACCUGUCAGAAGCCAGGAGCCAGGAGCUUAUUCCCAGUCUCCCACACAGGUGCAGGGGCCCAAGCACUUGCGCCAUCUUCUAAUGUUUUCCCAGGCCAUAGCAGAGAGCUGGAUUGGAUGUGGAGCAGCCGGGACUCGAACCAGUGUCCAUAUGCGAUGCCGGCACUGCAGGCAGCAGCUUUACCUGCUAUGCCACAGGGCCAACCCUACAUGGGAUUUCUCAUCAGCAGGCCCACAUAUGGGGCAGAGGGAAUAAAGGAGGAAUGAGCCUUGAAAGUUGUCAUCCAUUAAACAUCAAAAACUUGGAUUGGACCCUGUAUAACACAUAGUAUAUUUUUAUGCAGUUAAGAAUAAUUCAAAAGAUAAAAUCAUAUUCAUAGAAGCAAAGUCUUUGGGUCCAUAAUGUGAAUUAGGCUUCAGUGCAAGGGGAGAGGUUCGCCUUACAUAGGAGCACUGUGAAGGGAAGAGAUAAAUAGAAAUACAGAAUCAAGUAAAUGUGGAAAUGUAGCAGUAGUAGACUUUAUUUUCUGUUAAAUAAUAAGCAAAGUCUUCAACUGAGUAAAGAGAGGGAUGAAGAGCUUAGAAAUUGGAGAGAAGAUGUGAAAUAUUUAUCUCACAGAGCUGAAGAAUGAAUUGUAAUAAAAGGGUAUCUCAAAAGUUUUAGAAAUUUCAUACUAUCUUUCAAUUCCAUUUUUCUAUGAAUUUUUUGAAGUACCCUCUUGGAGAAACUUGAGGCAUUUGGUUAUAAUUUUAACGAGUUGUGCUUUGCCUAUUUAUUGUCAAUUCAUCUAGAAUAGUGAUUGGAUUUGACCAAGGUUGAGUUUUUACCAAGUGUCUCAACCUAGGUUUCCCAAAAGUCAUCUGAGGCAAAGGAAUGAAGCUACAAGAGAUACAAGGCAGGCAAGGGGAAAAGCCAAAGGAGAAUAAGAUAAUUGAGGCCAAAAACUGAGUCAUUGAGAUAGUGAGUGGAUUGUUUAUAUGGAUGUUGAAAUCACUGAAAAUGAUAGUAAGUAUAUUAGUGACAAUAAAAUAAGCCAGUUGCUAAAAUAGUUUAUUAUGGGGAGUUUCUUGGAUGAAGUCUGAUAAUUAACUAGAGUAGUUAGAAAUUGUUAGGAGUUGGAAUAUUCUCAUGGCAUGUAUUUCAAAAGGGAUGGAGCUUUUAAAAGAGAUGAAAAAUGGUCUAGGAUAGCACCUCACAAAUUUUAGUGUACUUACAUAUCACCUAAGGAUCUUGGUAGAUAGAUUUUUCCAGUUCAGUAGGUCUAGGGUGGGAUGCAGGUAAUACCAAUACUUCUGGCCCAUGGUCCACACUUCGAAAAACAAGGGUCUAGGUUAGAACAAAGAUUUGCUGCAUGCUGGGAUCACAUGGGAGCUUUGAAAAAUUAAGAUGUCUGGGUCAUUCCUGGGUACAACUCAGACAUUUGGGACAUUUGCCAAAGAAUUCUAAUUCUCAUGCAAGGUUGGAGAACACUGUUCUAGAAGCAUCUAUGAGAACUACCCUUUUUGGUCACUCACCUUUCUAAAUCCAGUAGUUCACAGGUAAGAGGAUCAAAAAUCUAGUCUGCCCUCAAGAGAAAUGCCAAUGGCACUGUCAGUCCAGGUACCAUCUCCCACUUAUCAUACUGGAAAUACAUUGACAAAUUCUUCUCCUUUGGACAUUCUUUUUCUGGAUUUCUCUUAGGUACCAGUCUAUCAAUAAAAUAGCACUACUACAUAAACAAUUAACUAUUAGUUCUAGUCAAGUUUAUUAGAUUUAUGAAAUACUUUCAUACCUCAGGAACAAAUUUGUUGUGCUUCUCAUUUUCAGUGUAUAAAUGUCCGUGUCAUUCCUUCUUUCACUUAUUAAAUAAUAAAUACUGUCAGGGCCAGCAUCACAGUGCUCAGGUUAAGCCACCACUUGCAAGGUCAGUGUCCCAAGGCCAGUUUGAGUCCCCGUUGUUCUGCCUGAUCCAGCUCCCUACUAGCACCUGGGAAAGCAGCAGAGGAUGGCCCAAGUGCUUGGGCUACUGCCACCCACAUGGGAGACCUGUAUGGAGUUCUAGACUCCUGGUUUCAGCCUGGCCCAGCCCCAGCUGUUGCAGCCAUUUUGAGGAAUGAACCAAUGGAUGGAAGAUCUCUUUCUCAUUCUGUUUCUCCCUCUCUAUCUUUUUUACUCUGCCUUUCAAAUAAAUAAAUAAAUCUUUUUAUAAAAUGUUAAAUACUGCAUAUGUGCCAAAAGCUUUAUUAUAUUCUGAGAAUACUCCAUGAGUAUAAAAUAGCCAUCUUUGCUUAGUCUGGGAUCUACAUUUCCACAAUACAGUUAAGACUGUGAAAGUGAGCAGAAGCCAUUAUCCUCAGAAGUCCCUUGUGGUCAGUCCCAGUGAUGGCAAAGAGGUGCCAAGCAGCUCCUGGCUUGUUCUUACUCUUCCCCACUCUACCACAUCUUCCUAACUGUGGGCCCUAAUGAACAAAAGCAGACCCAAGCCUACCGCCAGAAUCCAGGCUAGGUAAUGGAUAUAUAGGACCUCUCUGUAUCAUUAUGAUAAUUCUGUAAGACUAAAAUUAUUUCAAAACAAAAAGUAAAAAUUUCUCAAAAUAUUUAAAAUCUUGUUGCACCAUAUGUCCCAAUUUUUGGUUCAGAAGAAAUGUCACUAUAAUUAUAUAAAAUAUUGAAACAUACAUUCUUUUUAAAGCAUUAAGAAUGUGUAUAUAUAUACACACACACACACACACACACACACAUAUAUACUUUGUGGAUUAUACAAAGCAAUAUCCUUCCCACAGGAAUCAGUACUUUAAACAGUCUAUUUCAAAACUGCAUUCCAAGCUCAAUAUAAUGACACUAAUAUAAUGACACUACAGAAGAAAAUCUCACUCUUGCUAAAAUAGGAAAGAACCUCAAGGUGCUUGAUAGCACAGCAGUAUCUCCCACUGCAUCUGGGGAAGCUGCAAAGGUAAAAGCUCUCUGGAUGGGGAAACACUGUGAAAGACUUUUUGAGGUCCAUUUUUGUCCUCACUUGUCCACAGCACUCUGACCCAUGCCAGGAGAGGCUUCACUAAUAGAUUCUCAUUGUCACCAGCCCCCUUUUAUUUCUAUCAUGUGUUUUAUCAAUAUGACAAAAAUACUCUUCUGUAACUGCCACAGUAAAGGGGAAAAACAUUAAGUUCAGGUUAUUUGAUAUAGAUAUAGAUAUAGAUAUAGAUAUAGAUAUAGAUAUAGAUAUAGAUAUAGAUAUAGAUAUAGAUAUAUGCCAAGGAAAAAAUGCUUAUGUCUUGCAGUAAAGACCUUUAUCCUGUAAUAGCAGCUAAUAUUUAUUGAAAGUUUACAAUUUGCCAUGUCUUGUGAAAAAUUGUUUAUAUGCAGAAUUUCAUCUAAUCGGCCUAGCAACCCAAUGAGGUAAGUAGUAUUGUUGUGUCCAUAUUUCAAAUGAGGGAACAAAGAUGUAGCAAGGUUGAGUACUGUGCCCAAGAUCAUAAAGCUAAGAAAAUACAAAUCCAGGAAAAAAAAUCAAAGUCUAUCUGACUCUAAAGCUGACUUGACCCUUAUAAUGUACUUAGGUCUCUACACUGUAGAAUUUUCUAGAUAAUUAUGAGUUUGGAAAUACAAGGUUUAGAAGAAGGUAAAAAUAUUUUUAAAUAAAUUUUUUGUGAACAUACCUAAAGGAAUAUAUAUAACGAAAACUUUCAUAGCAGAUAUAUAACCACUUGGAUGGAAAAUUGUUUUAUUUGCUAUCUGAGUACUUAGGACAUGUUGAAACUUGACUCUAAAUCCUUUACACUUUUGUAAACCACACUUUAAGGUAGUAGAUACCCUGUCUUCUAAAUACCAAAUGUGUCAGGGUCAUUACCUUAUGGAAAUGUAGUAGACAAAACCACUUUACCUAGUUGGCUGAGUAAAUAAUGCAAAGUAAGGAUAGGAUGGAAAAACAAAGGUUAUUUAGUGUUAGAUGUUGUACUUUAAGGUGACUAUCAUCCUCCAGGGUGACAUGAGAGGAAUAUUUGGGCACCUAAAUUAUCCUCCAGAAUACCAUUUCCCUUAUAUUUAGUGAAGUCUAACUUUCCUUCACUAUCAGCAAGUCAAAACUGUCUUCUGCUUGCUAUGGCAGUUAGAUAGCUGAUUUAUAGUGCUAUAAACAAAAUGAGAGGGUAGACUGCUCAACAGACUGCAUAGGAAAUUACCUCAUUACAGCAUCUGUUCAUAGCACUCUUAUUUGCUCACUUACUAGGUAGGUAUUUUAAGCACUGCCUAUGUGCCAGACACUGUACCAUAGCUAGAGAAACAAAAAUGAGUAACACAUACCCUGAGCUCUAGUAUAGUCCAUUUGUUGGGGAAAAAAGACAAAAAUAAUCAACUAUGACAAGGAUGAACUUGGCCCAAAAAAGUGAAGGAGAGAAAGUACAUACUUGGACUUAACUCUGGCAGAGAAAACCAGGAUGUUGGGGCUUGAGGUAUGCAAGUUGGGGUUCACCAGACAGACAGAGACGGAAACAAUAUUCCAGAAAGAGAACAGCAUGUGCAGGCAGUUACAAGUAGGUCAAUGUGGCUGCCGUUCAGACUGCAAGUUGGGGAGGGGCAGGAUAUGAGACUGGAAAGACAAACAUUAGCCAAGUGGACACCGAUAGUUGCCUUGUUUUAGCACAUUUGUUUUAAUAAUAGCAUAUGUCUUAUCAGUGCAUCCCUAACUCAGUGUGUACCAUGGAGUAGUCCUCAAAUAACAGUAACUAACAGUCCAACAAUUUUUUCAAGUAUGUUUUUAUGUCUACCAGUCUGUUGUAUAACUAGGUCACCUCUAUCAAGCAGUUGUCUCAGCUUUGAAAACUAUGUAAUAUAUUGCCCUCUAGUGGUUAUAAGACAAUAUAUGUUUCUAUCACAGUGGAUGCCUGCAGCUUUUUCAAAAAUUUAUUUUUCUUUACUUGGAAGGCAGACAGAGAUCUUCCAUUCACUGGUUCACUUCCCAAAUGGCCACAAGAGCCAAGACUGUACCAGGCCAAAGGCGGAAGUCCCAAACUCAGCUUUUACUCUCUUUAAUAACAAACUUACCUAUGUGAUAUACUCAUAUUUUCCAUUCUGUUGUAUUAUUUUUAAUUAGUUAUUCAUUUGAGAGGCAGAGAAACAGAGAAUGCUCCCAUCCUCUGGGACAGCUGGGGAUGGGCCAGAGUUGGGGCCAGACCUAAUAACAGGAACUCAAUCCAUGUCUCCCCCAUGGGUUGCAGAAACCCAAUUGCUAGAACCAUCAUCAGUGCCUCACAGGGUCUACUUAAGUAGGAAACUAAUGUCAGAAACCAAAGCCAAAUAUAAAACCCAGGUAAUCCGACAUAGGGCACAGGCUCUUUACCUGCAUUUUGACCACUAGGCUAACUGCCUGUCCAAAUUUUAUUUUAGAAACAAUACUGAUAAAAGGCAAUUGAAUCAGUAGUAGUUUACUACCCACUUGACAGUCAAUAGUUUGAUAAUGCUUUUUUUUAUUUUAAUAUGUUGUUAUAUGUCACAUAUACUACAGUUCAUGAUUUAAUUCCUUCUGAAAAUAUCUAUGACCCAACUUUUUUUCAAAUAGUAAAUUGGUUAAGUUUAAUAAUACAAAUAAUGAUACAAAUAAAAUUUCCUGCACACUACUACUAAUAAUUAUAUGUACAAAAUAUGUUAACUUUGCUAACACAUAUACUCAUUUCCCUUAUUAUUGUAAUUCUCUUCUAAAAAUCCUUGUUUACAUUUAUUCCUCAUAGUUAAAAGAUUAUCUCCUUUGAUAAAAGCAUAUUCUAGAGAAGAAAAAAUACCUGUAAAGUAUGCUUUUACAGAUUUCAUAUGAAGCUGGAUUACAGACCCAAUAACAAAUUUUCUGUACUGAAAGAGCAGUUUGCCUGCCACAAAAGCAUCUUCCUGGGGCCAGUGUUGUGGUGCAGCAGAUCAAGCCAACGCCACUUGCAAGACUGGUGGCCCCUAUCAGACUGUUGUUUUGAGUCCUGGCCACUCCACUUCUGAUCUAGCUUCCUACUAAUGUGCUGGGGAAAGCAGCAGAAGACAAGCCCAAGUGCUUGAACCCCUUUCACCCACAUGGGAGACCAAGAUGGAGUUCCUGGUUCCUGUGGCCCAACGCUGGCUGUUGUAGCCAUUUGGUUAGUGAACCAGUGAAUGGAAGAUUCAUAUUCUCUCUCUCUCUCUUUCUCUCCCCACUACCCUGUUCCUCCUUCUGGGCCUAUGCUUUUCAAAUAAAUCUUAAACAAAAAAUAUGACCAUUUCAAUGCAAUUUUUAAAAAAAAUUUCCAGGGUGUUCCUUACCCACAAAUAUUGCUGAAAGGGACACCUAUAACUCCAGAAUCAAAAUAUGAGUAAGCCGGCCAGGCACUGUGGCAUAGUGGGCAGCAUCCCAUAUGGGCACCAAAUCCCAGCUGUUCCACUUCCGAUCCAGCUCUCUGCUGCGGCCUGGGAAAGCAGCAGAAGAUGGCCCAAGUCCUUGGGCCCCCGCACCCACAUGGGAGACCCAGAAAAAGUUCCUGGUUCCUGACUUCAGAUCAGCUCAGCUCCAGCCAUUGUGGUCAUCUGAGGAGAGAACCAGCGGAUGGAAAACCUCUCUCUCUCUCUUUGCCUCUGCCACUCUGUAGAUCUCCCUUUCAAAUAAACAAAUAAAUCUUUAAAAAAAUGAAUAAGCAUAAAUUUGCUUUAUUUCCUCUGAUAUUCAUAUAUGAAUGUCAGUGAAAAUAAGCUCUCUAACAACUUACGUUAGUCUAACUUUAGUUCUACUGGUUGGUACUUUUAAAAACAAAGUAUGAAAAUGAUGGUAGAAUAUUUCUCUACAGAAUGGUAAACUAAAUAUAAAAAAAAUACAGUGUUAAAGGGUUUCCUGAAUUAUCUCUAUAACUUCUGGCUCCUGAAAUUUGGAUCAUGACCUAACAAUAUGUAUAAAAUAUACUUUAAAAUAUGUACUCUGUUUUUCAUAUUUACUCUAUUUUAUUGCAUACAUAGUAGUUGUAAUAAUGUAAUGUUUUUGUCUAGAGAUUUUACUAAUCCAAGGUAUAAAUUCAAAAAGUAAACUUUCCAAAAAUAUUAAAGAAGUAACAUCAACUAUGCCAAAGUCCUCCUGUUAAAUGUGAAAUCUAAGUAUUUUUAAAUGCCAUUAAUUAACGCAUUAACAUCUGUGAAACUAAUGUCCAUGGAAAUAAAACUAAUAUUUUGCCUUUUUUAUUUCUACAGUCCAGCAAAGGAAAAAAACAUUUAUGGAAAAGAGAUUCUUGCGCAGGUCUGUGAUGACCAAAGGACUUCAACAAAAGGAAUGACAGGAUCCUUUAACAAGAUUAUGCAGCUCAUAUGGGGAAAUGGAUUAUAAUGAAGCAAAAGAAAAA